AUGGAAGAAAUCAUGAAAGCCUUACAAAAUAUUCAAAAAGAACUGAACGCUCAAAAAAUAGAAAUUCAGAAAAGUGGUGAAAAGGUGACAGAGCAAGUAACACUCAACAUAAUUAACAAAUUAGAAGAGAAAUUUUCCAUAUUGGAAGAAAAACAUCAAACUUUGAAAGAAAAUGUUGAACAACAAGAAAAAAGGAUUCAAUUUAUGGAAAAACAAGCAAGACAAAGAAACAUAAUUUUCUUCGGUAUCGAAGAGAGUGAGACAUCCUAUCAUAACUUGGAGAACAAUAUAUUGCAAUUCAUAAGUGAAAGACUGUUAUUAAAAUUGGAUUGUAGAGAUAUUCAAGAAAUAAAGAGAGUGGGGAAAAAGGGUGAUAAGCCGCGACCAAUAAUUGUAACCUUUUCUACCCUUGGUUCAAAGGUCAGCAUUCUCAAGCAUAAAAGAUUAUUAAAAGACACCCAAUACUACUUAAACGAAGACUACCCUAAACACAUACUAGAAAAAAGGAAAGAACUACAGGAGGAAGCAAAUAGAGAGCGCGAGAAAGGAAAUAAAGUCAUGAUAAAAUACGAUAAGCUUGUUAUAUUAAAAUCAAAUAACAAAAGAAUACUGAUGACUUCACCAGAGUCAGAUCCCAAUUCCCAAGCACUAGUUGGUAAUAGUACAACAAGACCCAUUAAGAAAAAAAAAAAAAACAAUCAAACCCAUAUAUACCUAGAUCAAAUAGUGUCUCAGAAGGAGUUCUUAAACCAAGCAUUCUAAGCUAUUUAGUAAACAAUAACGUUAAUACACCACAUAACCAAACCAACGAUAAAACCAUUAACUUACAUUCAUAACAAUCAACUUCCCCCUCCCUCAACGAUGCAACAUUCAAUCAAUUUCAACUAAGCAACGAAAACCAUCUUCCAAUCCGGCUGGUCACCGUGGAAGAUCAAGACCAAAACCCUCUAAAGAAGACAUCUCAAACUCCUUCAAUAAUAAGAAAUGGAACACUAACACAAGAAAUACUUAACUCAACUAAAAAGAAGAAA